GCGAGUUGCUUUCUCCCAUCGUCGUCUGUUAGGUUUGUUCCUCCCGCUCCCUCUUGUAUUCGUCCCGAACGCGCGCUGGUAUCUUCCUGUAAAAUAUGCUCAACCUUGCUCCGUCCGGCACCGCCCCGAGUACGCUCGUGCUCAGCUGGACCAUCCCCAAUGCCCCCAUUCCGCCGUGUAAAAGCCGCUGUCGUAUCUGGUGCAAAACGCUGGCUAUAUCGAGCUCGACUCCGCUCCUCGCUUGCUUCUGUGCUGUACCCAUCUCCGAAUAUCUCUGUCCUCGGAACGACUGCUUUUCUGCUCGGAUACACGUGCAAUUUACCUAUCUCACUGCUGGUCGAACGUGCGAGAGAUCCUGCCGGAUCGCAAUGCUUAUUCCCUCUUCUCAUCAGCGUCUUCCCACCCUACCGCUCGAUAUGAAGGUUUAUCAGCAACGUGCUGCGUAGGAAUCGGCCUAUGGGGAACGCACGCAUGA